AUGCCAAAAAGAAAAGUGCUGGAAAAGAGGAUGAGGAUGGUGAUGAAGACGAAAGUGAUUGAGCGUCUUUUAGUCUGGCUUUGUGAAAUGCCGGAUAUGAGAAUGGACGAUCAGAAGCCGCGCCCUCAUUCGAUGAGGGCAAGCGCCUUCCUGGCAAUCGUGCUUGCCACCGGCGCAAUCACCUCGUGCAUGAUUUCAUUCCCCCUUAUCUUCACUUAUAUUCAGUCGCUAGAGAGUCAAGUGCAGACCGAACUCGACCUUUGCAAGGCUAGUAUCACCAAAUUUCUUGAUUUUGGUUCUGCUCAUUUUGACGUUUCUCACAACAGUGCGUUGUAA